AUGGAGGCAUGGCAAGGCGUGCAUGAUGCUGCAGCUGCAGCUGCUGAUGACGGCAUGGCGGCGACGAGCGUUGCAGUGCCCGGAGAGCCCAGUCAGCGAAGCGCGAGAAGGUCGCUCAAGACGCCCGAUAUGCCGCUUCAGCAGGCGCUUGCCUUGCCUUGCGUCUCCUCACCUUGCCCUUGGCAUGUCGUGCCCAUACAUCGCCAAUGCAUCGCCAUGCAUUGUCAUGUCUCUGCCAACACGGUGACGCACACCCUCACCGUCGUCGAGGUACACGAAUACACGCACGCCAAUGCUUCGCUCAUUCUUCCUUCUGCCGAGACACUUUCGACAGCGAUGGCCGUCAGUGCCGUGAGGUAG